AUGACCAGCUUUUUAAAUUACAAGACAUUUAUCGAAGAAGGAGAUCUUGUCAUCGCCUACAUGUCUCGUGAGAACAUGACACCACUAGUUAUGGAUCCUAAAUCGACGUAUAACAAUAAAUUUGGCACUUUUCGACACUCAGAUAUGAUUGGCAAAGAGUAUGGAACUAAGAUGCCUUCCCAUAAUGGGAGAGGAUUCAUGUACUUGUUGCAUCCGACACCAGAAUUAUGGACACAUGUUGUUCCACAUAGAACACAAAUAUUAUAUCUGGCGGAUAUUUCUUUUAUAACAACAUAUCUUGAUCUAAAACCUGGCUCAGUAAUAUUGGAAUGUGGAACGGGGAGCGGAUCUUUCUCACAUUCUUUGGCUAGAACCAUUGCUCCAAAUGGCCAUUUGUAUACGUUUGAAUAUCAUGAAGAGCGUGCCAAAGCUGCAAAACAAGAUUUUGAAAAACAUGGUCUCUCUAAUAUUAUCACUAUAGAAUGUAGAGAUGUUUAUAAGGAUGGGUUUGGAAUAACCGAUUUAGUACAUGCCGUUUUUUUGGACUUGCCUGCACCAUGGGAUGCGAUCGCUUCAGCUAAAGCGGCUUUUAAACAAAAUCGAAUAGGUAAAAUUUGUUGUUUUAGCCCAUGCAUUGAACAAGUGCAACGAGCAUGUGCUUCGUUAAACGAACAUGGGUUUGUCGAAAUCAAAAUGUUUGAAUGCCUUAUUCGUAAUCAAGAGGUACAUACAAUCCCAAUAUACACUGUGAAAGAUGCUGUGUCCAAAAUCAAAGUUCAACAAGACAAAAAACGUAAACGUAACGAAGAAGAACCUUCUAAUUCGAAGUUAGCCAAAUCUCCAAGAGUUAAACAUGAUCCUCCAAAUUUAUAUGUAUCUAAAACUCCAACUGAAGCAAAAG